AUUUAUCCAUUCAUUCGUAAAAACUGUAAAAUCAUCAUGCAUUCAAUAUUUUUUAUCAGGUGUAAGUGAUAUUCAAAAAUUAAAGAAAUCUUAAUAUAGCAAAGUAUCAAAGAUUGUGUAAUGCAAGUACUCAACUAGUUUAUAAGACUUUCUAGGAAGCUUGACAUAUAUUCCCAUAAAAAACUCGAAGUAUAAUGUGCACUUCGCUAUACCAAAUCGCCUUAUCGGAAAAAUUUCGUGAUCCUUUACCCUAUCACCUUAGCCUCUUUCAAUUAAAAUUACACGCAUAUAUCAUAACACGUUCGAGAGUAUAAUUACAACAUAGAAUAGCCUUCUGUUAGAUUAUUCUUUAAUUAUAGUCAACACAUAACUUCGGUACUAAUAUUUUGGACUUAUAUGAGAUACCAAUCCACUUCUCUUCUAAUUAAAAUUCUAGUGUUAAAAAAAUAAAUAUAAAAAGUAUCAAAAAACGUUUCUUAACGUUUCACGUUAAUUGAAAACAUAAUUCUUAUAUAUGGGACGAAAGAAAAUUAAAAUUUUGCGAAUAGGGGAUGAAAGGAAUAGACAGGUAACUUUCACCAAACGUAAAUUCGGCCUUAUGAAAAAGGCUUACGAGUUGAGCGUUUUAUGCGAUUGUGAAAUUGCCCUUAUAAUUUUCAGUCCCAACAACAAGCUUUUCCAAUACGCCAGUACUGAUAUGGAUAAAAUUCUACUUAAAUACACGGAAUACAACGAACCACACGAGAGCCGCACCAAUAAGGAUAUCAUGGAGGCUUUAGGCAAGAAGGGGCUACCCGGGCCAGGGUCAUUUAUGAUGGCUCAAGACGGAGGCCUUUUUACAGAAGAGGAUGAAGACUUACCCGAAGAAUCGAUGAAUAAUAUAAAUACCACCAAUCAUCAUCCACCACACCUUGGCAUCAACAAAAUUAACGAUACAUACUCCCAAAUAGUGAGUACUAUCGUCAAAUCCGAAAAUGGGUUACAACUUUACGAUAAUAGAAGACAUUUAACUGCGAGAAAUGUUAAUGGUAUUGAUACUUUCGAAGAUAACCCUCUCGACUAUCUGCUGUCCAAACAGAAUAAGUCGCCUUUUCUAUCUGCUGUAUCUUUGGCUCACCAUCCUUAUCCUUAUCCCCACCCACAUCUUCCUUUGAACCUCCAACCGUCGCUCAAUUUAAAUCACCCACACUCUCAUCACAUAUCUUCACUUUACCUCAACAACUCUUCCCUAAUGGAUAAUAACGACAUAUUGCUCUCGGAUCUCAACAAUAAUAACCUUAAUCUUCAUCACCACCCGCAAACCCAAAAUAUUACCUCCAAUUACCAUUAUCCCAAACCUGUUCGCUGUCAAAAUGCCGAAAUCAACAGACACGCAAGUGAUGCGAACAAUUCAGCGAAUUUAAAUACUAUAGAUCUUUAUAACAACAGCCCCCGUACACCUAACAACAAAAAUAAUUUGGAAAAUUUGACUGUCUCUACUAACCUUAACUCUCAAUGCGAAGAUAGUAAUGUUAACUUUGAUAUGAACUCACUGCAACAGAAUAGUAAUAAUCAAGGUCAUUUAUUAGGUCUUAAUAAUUCUCCUUGUCCUUCCAGUUUUGUUGCUAGGAGAGGGUCUGGUUGUUCCAACCUAUCUACGGUAUCAUCUAGUCUCAACAUACCAAACACUAUAAACAAUAACAGCAAUUUUAAUGAGAGUUCCGAAAAAUUGGAAACUAACAAUGCCUCUUGCACUAAUGAUAUGAUGGAGAUGGAUGGAUUUUUAGAACCCGCGUCAGCAUUAGGUAUCAAAAGGCCUCGGAGAGGAAGCGCACCUUACACAUUGCUAAGUCAUAACAAUAAUGUUAAUGCUAACAAUUCUAAUAAUGUACCCAAUGAUAAACCUAUCGAAGAGUUUAAAGCUAGUGGUGGCCACCAAUCUUUGCUAACAUGCAAUCCCUUCAAUCCCGAUGAAGAAAUAAGAAAUGUCGUGAAUCAACAUCGUCUGUCGAUACUGCCCCCUUCUAAAUUGCUACACGAAAAUGAAAUUCCUCAAUUACUCCGACAAAACACUGAACUAUUUGCCAAAUCGACGUUCGACGCCCAAUUGUUGAGGAAAGAAUUGACUCAACCUUCUCGCAGAAAUUUUGCCUAUUACUAUAAUUUCGAAUAUAACAAUAAUAGUUGUCCAGGUGAUAACCUAAAUAAUUUAAACGGAAACUUUAGCGGAGACCAAAACAUCGCUAACGUCGAGAUGAGAACAAACACGCCUUAUCAUAUGAGGAGUUCAGACAUUGGUUAUUUAACCAACUUCCAAGUAAGCAGAGCAAGAAAUAAAAGGUAUUCCCUGGAUAAUUUUAAUUUGAACGGACUUCAACAAGACUUGGACAAGUAUCUUUCCCCUGGCUCAUGUCAAAACGCCGAAUCAAAGUCCUCCUCCCCUAAAAUCAAGGUAGAACAAUUUGAUAUUUCAAUUUCGCCAAAACUAACGAAUAACACAAAUAAUGGAAGCAACUUAAAUAAAAUGAAUUCUGCUGUUCACCAAAAUAAUAAAAUAGCAGAAUUGAGCACCGAAAAUCUUAACAAUGGCAACAAUAACAACCCGUUUUUCCAAUUGAUGCACUCUUACGAUACCGAUAGUGGAUCUAACAGUAAUGUCUUGAUGGCUUGAGCUAAAAUUUUGAGUUUCCUCCAAAAUCAAACAAACAAAAUAUUUGUUAUAAUAAAUCACGAUUUUUUUUGCCACCAAUUCAUAAGCCAAAAAAAAUUAUAACUAAAAAUAAGAGUAUACUUUAUGUGAAAUCUAAAAUUGCAAUUUGGUAUCAACAUUUUAACUACAGAUUACUAAACAUACAGUUAAAAUCAUUUUUGUUGGUUUAUGGUUGCCUUUACUCACCAAUGUGUUUUAUUGUAUUUUAUAAAAUAGUGUAAAUCCUCAAUCAUGCUCUUAUUAAUUAAAUUUAACGAAAGAUACUCCAAUUAAUAUUUAGUCAACUUAUAUAAUAGGUCUUAUAAUUUGUGAACUUAAAGAAUUUUAUCCUACUUAGGGCCAUUAAUUAAUUUUUAAUUUGGUAUUUCGAUAUCAGAAUUAUUUUUAAUUUUUUUAUAGAUCUAGUCAAUUAUAAUUUUUAAAAAUAAUUCAAAGGUGGUAGCAAAAUAUUAUAUUCUUUCUAUACUGGUAAUUUAAUUAUAUAUUUUUUUAUAAAAUAUACAUUGAUAUUAAAUUUGAAUUUUAUUUUUCAAUCAGGGAUAAUUUUUUUUAAACUAAACACCGCAUCUUUUAUCAUAUUAAUUUUUUCCCCCUUAAUCCUAUUCUAGUCCAUGACUUUUAUCAUGACCAUUAACUAUAGUCAUCAUUACACAUAUCUCUAUUAACUUUUGUGAUACAUCAUAAUUUAUUAUUUUACUAUAAUAUCGACGCUUGAGCAUUGGAUGGAUCUAUAUCCUAAUAUUUCUCAUUUUGAGAUUUAUAAUAGAUGUUUUUACGAAUCAUAAUUUAAUAAAAUAUUUUUAAAAAAGAGUUCUCCUUACUUUUUAUUUUCUCUAGAUAAAAAAGGUAAUGGUUUCUAUCAAAAUUUUUAAAUGAUAGCUCAUCUUUGGAUAGUUGAUUCCAAUACUCAAGUCACGAUGAAUGAUCUAUAUCGCCUUAAUAGGGUUAUCCAAGCUCAUUUUUUUAAAUCAAAUCUAUUAUUUUGAUAUAAAUUUUCUCUAAGUUUUCUAUAGAUAAUUAGAAAUUUUAUUUCUUGAAUAAUUGUAAAAAAAAUUCUUUGCGAGAUAAAAAUUGUUUCGCUAAAUUAUACACUAUUAAUUACUUCAGG